CUCCGAUUAGGGCCGAUUACCCCCGCCGGCGUCGUAUAUACGGAUGUUGGCCUUAGGCCGAGAGCACUAGUACUAGUUUCCGGGCUUAAGGCAUUCAUUCAUUGCUGACUCCGUCCGUCUCAAAGAAUCCCCCUCCACACCACCAGCAUCACUCACUAUGAAUUACACAUCCUUCAUCCGUCCUGCCUUCAUCCUCCGUUGUUCCUCUCUCUCUCUUUUGAUCAAUCUAAGAAAAUGCCCUCAUCCAAUGUCUCCAUGUCGCAGGACCCGCUUCCCUCCUCAUCCUCCGGGAUCCCUCCCGCCAAGCCCCGCCGCAGGCGUGACAAGCCCCAAUUCUCCUGUGCCGCGUGCCGUCAACGAAAGUCCCGAUGCGAUCGGCAACAGCCCACAUGCUCCAGCUGUCUCUCGCGGGGUCAGACGUGCGUCUACCUAACGCCCAGGCCCGGAGCAUCGUCCUCGUCGGCCCCGUCCAGCGGGACCUCCGGAGUCCAUGAUCGGCUGGUGCACCUGGAGCGUCUCGUCAAGUCGCUGAUGGCCGACGGGAGGGUAUCUCACCCCCAAAAGCCCCCGCAGCCACUGGCCACGCCUGAUUCCAGCUCAAGUGGAGGUAUUCGACAGGAGUCGGCCAGUGGUCUCGAUACGCAGUCGGACUGCGGAAGCAUGCAGAUCACCGGCUCCGAGCUGCGGUAUGUGGCCGGCGAGCACUGGGCGGCCAUCCUGGACAGUAUCGCCGACCUGAAAGCCCACUGUGACCGCGAGGAGCAGAUCGCCCUGGCGGAGACGCCCACUCACCUCAGUGAAGAGGAACCACCCCACUUUCGCCAUGCCUUGUUGCUGUAUGGAUGUCACCGGCCCACGUCGCGGGCGGAGAUUAUCGCGGCUCUCCCGCCCAAGGCCGCCGUCGACCGCUACAUCUCGCGCUAUUUCAACUAUCUAGACCUAGUUGCAUCAGCUGCGGUACAUGGGCCCAGUUUUCUACGAGAGUAUGAGGCAUUCUGGGCCGACUCCAGUCGAGUGUCCAUCAUAUGGGUGGGUCUUCUGUUCAGCAUGGUGUGCCUGGCAGUGGUGGCGUCGGAUACGACCGACGGGCCCGAAGCGGAGCAGAAAUCCCUCCAGAUUGACCUCUACCGCGAGAAGAUCGUGCAAUGCCUGGUUCUAGGCGAGUAUACAAAGCCUGGACAAUACGUGCUGGAAACUGUGGUGCACUAUCUCUACAUCGAGUUCGGCAUCAAUCCGGACGCGGAUCGGAACAUCUGGUUUCUGUUAGGACUGGAAGUCAACCUGGCGAUGCGAAUGGGUUACCACCGCGACCCGAGCCACUUCCCGGGCAUCUCGCCGCUGCAGGGGGAGAUGCGACGACGACUCUGGGCCACCGUACUAACGAGCGAUAUUCUCCUCUCCAGCCAGAUGGGCAUGCCACGGAUGAUCUGUGAUUGGAAGUGCGACACGGCCGAGCCCCGCAAUCUCUACGACAUGGACCUGGACCAGGAGCUGACACAAUUACCGCCGGCACGGCCCGAGACCGAGCACACCACCGCGCUGGGAAUCAUCGCCCGGCGCCGUCUGAUCAUUGCACUGGGCGCGAUCGCCGAUCUCGCGGACGCCGUCAAACCGGUCAGCUACGCGGAGAUCAUGCAAGCAGACAAGGCACUGCACGACGCCGUGGCCAGCAUCCCCCCGCCGCUCCGCAUCAAGCCGCUGGCGACGAGCGUGACCGAUUCGCCGCAGGUGAUCAUGUCGCGGCUCUUCCUGGGCCACCUCCUCUACAAGGGCCAGAUCAUGCUGCAUCGACGCUUCUUGGAUAUGCAUGUUGCAGCCACGGCGUCGGCAACAGCGACUGGUGCUGGUGCUGGCGCUGGCGAGAACGUCAGCGGACAAGCCAGCGGAGAACCGCCCUUCGCGUACUCGCGCACCGCCUGUAUCGAUGCCUCGCUGGGGACGUUGCAUAUCCAGCACGUGCUCGACGAGGAGACCUGCCCGGGCGGCCAGCUCCACGAGAUGCGCUGGCGUAUUACAUCCAGCAUGAACCACCUUUUUCUGACGGCGACGAUGAUUCUCUGCUCGCUGCUGCACCAGGCGCAGCCGCUCGGCGAGCGGACGGAAGAAGUCCUGGCGGCCUUGCGGCGGGCCCGCACCAUCUGGAUGCGACGCAGUACCUCGUCCCGGGAGGCUAAGCGCGCGACAGAGAUCGUCAGUCUCACCCUGGCGCGCGCCGGGGACGGGAACCGGAGUGCGACGAACACGGAGGAGGAAAGCGAGCCGAUGGUGGUGACGCAGGGCGUGUCGACGGUCACCAGCAGCGACUUUACGACGGGGCUGGGGAUGACCACGUGGUCGCAUUCCAUGGAUCUGAAUGAAGCCGGCCGACGGAUGAUGCCGUCAAUGCUGGGCUCGUACCCUGCCCCGCAGUAUACAGGGAUGGAUUAUUCCUUCCCCAGGAUGGACGACUGGUUGCAGAUGCAAUGGCUCGGUCCGCAGGAGGCGGAUCCGUUCUUCCCUGGGUGACGUGAUCUCAGUUGGUAUUCUCGGGCACAUCUAUACAAUUUUGACCGCGUCGCCAGCGAUCAACUCAGCGCAUGCAUGUAAACAUCUAGGUAGUCUCCAACCGUAUGCGAACGGGCUCAGCGCGUGCUGACUGCCUCUGCCUGGGUUAGGACGGAUCCAUAGGCAACUGACACCUCUACGCGGAAAGGUCGACCUAAAACCAGCGACGUACGUAGUCCAAAACCCGGC